AUGUUUAGAACUUUUAUCAGAUCAUGGGCCAUCCCAUUACGUCCACCUAACACGAUAAUACGACCCACAACAAGAUCAUUUCAAAAUGGUGCAACGUAUAGACGAUUCAAUAACAAACAAUCAAGAUCAUUUACCAAUUUACUAUUUGACCCAGUCUCAAGAAAAUACCUAGCGCUAAUCUUUGGUGGUGGUUCAUUGUUCUAUGUCACUCAUUUGGAGGAAGCACCCGUGAGUGGUAGGAACAGAUUUAUUUGGAUACCACGUUCUUUGGAAUUGAAAAUUGGUGAUUACACAUAUAGGUCCAUGCUAAGAGACACAAGUUCUGCAAUCUUACCAUCCAAUCAUCCGCUAACAAAGAAAGUAGAGACUAUAUUUGGUAGAAUCCUUGAUGCUGCCUCAAAAGAUCCCAGCGUGGACAAAACACAACUGGAAGGAAUCAAAUGGAAAAUUCAUGUAGUUAAUGAUCCAAGGGCGCCACCAAAUGCCUUCGUUUUACCUGGAGGAAAAGUUUUUGUAUUCAGUUCUAUGUUCAAUAUUUGUCAAAAUGAUGAUGGGUUAGCUACUGUUCUAUCCCAUGAAUUCGCUCAUCAACUGGCAAGACAUACGGCAGAAAAUCUAUCCAAAGCUCCAGUAUAUUCGUUGAUCGGUACUAUAAUGUAUUUAGCCACUGGCGUUGAAGGAAUAAAUAGUUUACUACUAGAUGGUUUAUUAAGAAUGCCUGCUUCCAGACAAAUGGAGACUGAAGCUGAUUAUAUUGGACUGAUGAUAAUGUCUAGAGCUUGCUUCCAUCCCGCUGAGUCCGUUAAAUUAUGGCAAAGAAUGUCACGAUUUGAGAAGCAAACUAGAGGGCAAGUUGGAUUUGAAUUUUUAAGUACUCAUCCUGCAAGUGAUAGAAGAAUUGAAAAUAUGAAGAAAUGGCUGGAAAAGGCCAACUCAAUAUAUGAACAAUCCGAUUGUGGAACCUUUGGCAGUUACUACAAUAACUUCCAAAAUUCUGUUUUUGGAUCUAACCCUGAUGCGAUUUUUUCGUUUAGAGGAUAUUAA